UAUAUCACCUCCUUUAUAAUUUGGUGCCCCUACUGAAACAAACAAAUGAAGGAAACAUCCCUAAAACCCUUUUUGAUUCAUUGACUUCAAAAAUUACAUCGCUUUUGCUUCUCCGGUCUUCCGAUUUCCGCACUGCCAAGAAAGAAGAAAGACAUUGAUACAAAAUGGGACAGGAUCAAAGCAAGAUCGAUGAUUCCCCUGUAGCGGCUCCUCAAAGAGAGGAACCAUCGUCUCCAUCUACUGAUAAUUCUCCGCCUUCAAUGGAAUCUUUACUUGCAGAAGCAACAGCAUUUGGCAAUGAGGAUGAAAACGCAUCUUUAGAAGCCAAAGCUGAGAAAGCAUUAGAAUGCCCUUGUAUUCAAAAUCUCAAAACUGGACCUUGUGGGUCCCAGUUUACGGAUGCCUUCAAAUGUUUUCUGAUGAGCACGGCUGAAGAGAAAGGCUCGGAUUGUGUGCAGCCAUUUGUGGCGUUGCAGAGAUGUAUUCAGACCAACCCGAAUGCGUUUCCAAAGGAUGUAUUGGAAAAUGACGAAGCUGAUGAACAGGAGGAUAAAGAGAAAGAGAAGCCAGUCAAAAUGAUUCCUCCUAAAUGGGCGAUAGAAACUCCAAGUCCAAAACCAAAGCUUUAGUGAGAUUUUACUCGUGCUUUUUGCAGCUUAUUAUUUACAGUAUCGGAAAAUCGUUCCUCUUAUUUAAUACACUACUUUUCUGAGUAAUAAUAUACAAUUUAGCCAUUGAAAGCAAUAGAUAUGGUUCUUGCCGCCUUGGUUUUUUUUUUCUGGUUAAACCCCUUUGUCCAUAAAUCAUAUGUGUUCCGUAAAGUGUAAUUCAUCUGGUAAGGUGGAAUUAGGAAAAUCCAUUCGGACCAUUUUCAUGGAAACAAAAGAUACUGUUUGGUGAUGUAUUUGAAUUGUCUGGCAAGAAUUCCUUCUAUCUAUAGAAUUCAUUGUUUCUCAUUUUCA